AUGGCGAAACCUUUCAAGAAUGCUGCAGUGUUUGGUGCAACGUUGCUUAUGGUGUUGAUAAUGGUUGGAAUAGCAGAAGGACGCAGAGUCGAGAGAAAGGCUCUUGCUGAUGGCCUAGGUGGUGGUGCUGGCGGAGGCCUUGGAGGUGGUGGAGGAGCUGGGGGAGGAUUUGGUGGUGGCUCUGGUGCUGGUGGCGGCGUUGGUGGAGGGUAUGGUAAAGGUGGUGGAUUCGGUGGCGGYGCYGGCGGAGGCCUUGGAGGUGGUGGAGGAGCUGGGGGAGGAUUUGGUGGUGGCUCUGGUGCUGGUGGCGGCGUUGGUGGAGGGUAUGGUAAAGGUGGUGGAUUCGGUGGCGGYGCYGGCGGAGGCCUUGGAGGUGGUGGAGGAGCUGGGGGAGGAUUUGGUGGUGGCUCUGGUGCUGGUGGUGGCGCCGGUGGUGGCAUCGGAGGUGGUUCAGGUGGAGGUGCAGGAGGAGGAUUUGGUGGCGGAGCUGGUGGUGGUGCUGGCGGUGGUGGAGGAGCUGGGGGUGGAUUUGGUGGUGGCUCUGGUGCUGGUGGCGGCGUUGGUGGAGGAUUUGGUAAAGGUGGUGGAUUCGGCGGUGGUGGUGGUGGCGCCGGUGGUGGCAUCGGAGGUGGUUCGGGUGGAGGAUUUGGUGGCGGAGCUGGUGGUGGUGCCGGCGGUGGCGUUGGUGGAGGAGCUGGUGGUGGUUCCGGUGGAGGAAUCGGUGGAGGAUUUUAA